CUCAAUAUUUUUUUUGGUAAUGUGAUGACCAAAACUAGAUGCAGUAUUCCAGGCAAAGUCUUACUAAGGUUUUAUAAAGCGAUACUAAUACUUCACGUGAUUUUGCUUCUAUGCCUGUUUAUAUAACUAAAGAUUGUAUUAGAUUUUUGGCUACUGCUGCUCCUAGCUCCUAUUUAAAUGAUUGUCCAUUAGGAUUCCACAGUCCCUCUCACAGUUACACUUUUUGAGCCAGGUUUCGCCUAAUCUGUAUUUGUACCUUUGGUUCUUCCUGCCUAUGUGUAAAACCUUGCUUUUCUCCACAUUAAAACUCAUUUUGUUGAAUAGGGCCCAUUGUUCAAGUCUAUCAAGAUCUUUUUGGAUCUUGAGCUACAAUUUGUGAUCUAGUAGAUGUGUAGACGUCACAACUACCAGCAUGAAUACCCAGAUUGAAGUUCUGAAAAUUGCAUCUCAACACAUCUGGGAAAUGCCAAGCUGGAUGAUGCAGUCUAUUAGUCUCAAGUACUGAAUUCCACCUGUUUGUUACAGGACUACUAACUUUGUCUUCUUAUUAAAGCUAAGCUUUAUGCUGGAAUAUGUUUCUUUGCUGAGAACACAUCUAUAAAUAAUUCACUGCCCUGACUAAACAAAAGUAAUAUAAAGGCAUUACAGUGAAGAAAAACAAUUUUCACAGUUCUGGUUUGAAGAUGAUCUGUGAGUAUUUCACUAUUCCGGCAGCAACUUGGAAAAACGUGAAGUCUUCUGGAAAAUAGAAACUAUCUCCUUAGGUGCUGAAUUGACAGGAAAGCACUCAUACGACUAUAAUCACAGGGUUAUGUGGGGGAAAAAAAUCCUUGGAGCCGAGAAUUAUUAGAUUUUCAGGAUCAAAUUUACGGAAAAACUCUAGAAUGGGAGAAAUAUGUUGUUGUUUUGAAAAAGUUGCUAUUUUUAAAAAAGUCACUCGGAGAACUUGCGCUGCUCAAUUCUGCCCUCCUUCUGUCUCUUCCAAUCCGUCCCACUCCUGGUCCCCCCAAUCCCCUGGAUGUGCGUGCUCGCGCGUGCUUCUUCCUCCCCGCGCAGCACAUUCUUGCGGGACUUCCAGUCUUUCCUUCAAGUAGCGGGGUGGCACGGAGAGGGUUAACGCUCAGGAAUGCACCCGCCAGGAAUGUGCAUGCAGAUGAGAUGGAUGCUAAUCUCAUGUUAAUGAGUGGCUGCCGCUGCCGCCGCCGCUCGGGACUGAGCCGGUUCUCCCCCUCCCCCCGGAACAUAAGCAGCGCCUCGUCUUAACCUGGACCCCCUGACCCCCUGCUGCCAAUACGGAAUAAGGCCCGAAGGCGGAGGCUCCGUCCAGACAUGGUGGACUGAAACUCAGGAGAGUUUCCUGGCCCAUUGCACGAUUCUGCCUCCCUCCACCCACCCAGAGCUCCAGGGGAAGGAGGGGGCGUCUUUUCCCGCUUCCCUCCUUUCUUUCUUGUUUGCUGUCCCUAUGGAGCAGCUAUACCCUGACUUCGACCAUGCCUAGAAAAAUGGGGAAUGGGCAAUUGCCCUUACCCGACGGCUGGGAGGAGGCGAGGGAUUACGAUGGGAAAGUCUUCUACAUCGACCACAACACCAAACAGACCAGCUGGAUCGACCCUAGAGACAGGUUAACAAAGCCAUUAUCCUUUGCAGACUGUGUCGGGGAUGAGCUACCAUGGGGAUGGGAAGCUGCAUACGAUCAUCAGAUUGGUGUCUACUAUAUUGACCACAUAAACCAAACUACACAAAUAGAAGAUCCAAGAAAACAGUGGCGACAAGAACAAGAAAAAAUGUUAAAAGAUUAUCUUACUGUAGCUCAAGAUGCACUUAGCACUAAGAAAGAACUUUUCCAUGUGAAAGAGCAGAGGCUGGCUCUUGCCUUGGGUGAAUAUGUACGGCUGAAUGAUGUUUACAAGGAAAAAUCAAGCUCUUAUACAAGUCUUUUCUCAAGCUCCUCUUCCAGCACAAAGUAUGAUCCUGAUAUUCUGAAAGCAGAAAUCUCCACUAUAAGAUUAAGGGUUAAAAAACUGAAAAGGGAACUCUUGCAGAUGAAGCAAGAAUUAUUAUAUAAGGAGCAAGGCUAUGAAACAUUGCAACAAAUUGACCAAAAAAUGUCUGGAGGCCAGAAUGGAUAUGAGUUAAGUGAAGCCAAAGCUAUUAUGAAUGAAUUGAAGUCUAUCCAAAAAGCUAUAAGCUCUGGUGAAAAAGAAAAGCAAGAUUUAAUGAAGAGCCUUGUAAAGUUGAGAGAAAGAUUCCUUCUUGGUCAAAAUGUUGCCCAAUCAGAAUCAGACUUGAGGUGCAGCCUGGCACACUCCCAACAGUCUCUCUCCAAGCAAACUUUAGAUGCAGGGUCUCAGACAGACAUUUCUGGUGAUGUCAGUGUCAAGAACAUGGCCAAUUUAGCUGAAAAAGUCAGAUUGAGUCUUCAGUAUGAAGAAGCCAAAAGAAGAAUGGCAAACUUAAAAAUAGAACUUUCUAAGUUAAAAAGUGAAGUUUGGCCUGGAGCACUGGAAAUUGAGAAGGAAAAAUUGAUGCUGAUAAAUGAAAAGGAAGAGCUUCUGAAAGAGCUUCAAUUUGUCACCUCAUGUAAACGCACGCAAGAUGAAUUGAAGCAUUUAGAAGCAGAAAGGAAGAGACUGGAAGAGGAGCUAUCGAUGAAAAGCACACCUAGUGAUGAACUUACAGAGAGGUUGAAAUUAGAAGAUAGAAAAAAUAAAUUGGUUAAAAAACUUGAAGAAACUAGUCACCUAACCACCCAUUUACAUUCCCAGCUUAAAAGCCUCUCUGCCAGUACGUUAUCUGUGUCUUCAGGGAGCAGCUUGGGAUCUUUAGCAUCUAGUCGAGGGUCCUUGAAUACAUCUAGUAGGGGGUCGCUGAAUUCUCUUAACUCUACAGACCUCUACUACAGCCAAGGUGAUCAACUUGUAGAUUUAGACUAUCAAUAUAAAUUGGACUUCGUAUUACAAGAGAAAUGUGGUUAUAUUCCUUCUGGCCCUAUUACCACCAUUCAUGAAAAUGAAGUGGUCAGCUCCCAUGAGAAAAUGGGAUAUAGUGACUCUUCCAGUUCUUUGACAGCAAGUCAUGCACCCAAAAUAACUGAGCCUCCUAAAUCUGUCACAUCAUUCUCUUCAAGAUCUUCCCUUUCAUCAUUAUCUCCUCCUGAAUCACCUUUGGUUUUAGAAGGUGGCUUUUCAGUCCCUCCUCAAGAUUCUCCAUUACAUCAUUUCACCACGGACUUUGAGGACUGCAAUUUACCCAGUGACUUUACAGGCAUUACUACCUGUGAGAAUCAAAUUUUGCUGGAUUCUGAAACUAGAAUAUCUUCUCAAUCAGUUAAUGAUAAAUAUCGCAAUGAAAGUAUUUCACAGAGCAUAUCACAUUCAAGAAAUACAGGUGUUGACUUUUCGAGAAGAACAAGAACUCAUUUGCUUGAUGAAAAGACUGGCUGUGUAUCUGCUGCUGUAUCUGACGAGUCUGUGGCUGGAGACAGUGGUGUAUAUGAAGCUUCUGUACAACAACCCAAUAACAAUGAAGAAGUCGCAUAUACUGAAAAUGAUACUACAAUGCUGGAAACUGCCCAAGUACAAAUAGGGCUCCGAUAUGAUACAAAGAGCUCAGGUUUUGUGAUCGUUAUAAUGCAGUUACAAAAUCUUCAAGCUCUUUCAAUAUACCCUGGUAAUAAAAUAUAUUUUAGACUUGCACUUCUUCCACCUUCAACUGACAUCAGCUGUCUAUUCCGUACAAAGUUCCAUCCUGCUACUGAACCUCUUUUAUUUAGUGAAAUGUUCAGAACAGUUAUUUCCCAGGCAGCCUUGCAGAAAAAAACUUUGAGGGUAGAUAUCUGCUCUGUCAGUAAAAGUCACCAAGAAGAAUGUCUAGGUGGAAUCCAGAUAAGUCUGGGAGAUGUGUCCUUUUCAAAUGAGAUAUCUACUCUGUGGUAUAAUUUACUAUCUUCUAAGCAGACUGUUGGAAAAAGGAAUACAAAGCCAAAAAAGUAUUCUGUCUUUGUGGCAGCCAAUCCAACACCUGUUUCCUUGGAUGCGGUCUCAGCAUUGUUGGAAAGGACAACAGCUGAGCUGCAAGCUGUGGAACAAGAAUUGGCAGAAAAGGAAGAGGAAAGGGAGGAGGAGGAGGAAGAUGAGGAAGCACAGGAAACCCAGGAAACACAAAGUUUGGAGGAAGACUGGAUAGGAAUACUGGCAGAAGUAUCGAGAGAAAUGAAUGAAGAGAACAAAAUUAAAGAGACCGAAGAAGACAAAUACACAGAUAGCAAGAGAAUGAGCUUUAAUUUGGAACAGGCAAGUAGUACUGAUCAUGAGAAAGACACUAACCUUACAGAAGUAGAUCUCAACAAAGAAAUAAUGUCCCCAAUACUGGUUGAUAGAGAAACAAAUACAGAAGAUAGGAUUGAGUGUGUAGCUAUAAGACCCAAGGACAAAGCCAGCCUCAAGACUCAACAGCAUCCCUUUGUCAGAAACAGCAUGAUAGUACGUUCGCAGACGUUCUCUCCAGGCGAGCGGAACCAGUACAUCUGUAGGUUGAAUAGAAGCGAUAGUGAUAGCUCAACAUUGGCCAAAAGAACUCUCUUUGUGAGAAAUUCCACAGAACGGCAGAGCUUGAGAAUCAAAAGGCCUACUUGCCAGUCCAACUUACAGAGAGCAAUGCGACAGCGCCUGGUCCGUACUUCUCUUGACUUAGAGUUAGAUCUUCAGGCAUCCCGGACCCGACAGAGUCGCCUGAAUGAUGAACUACGGACACUUCGUGCUCUUAGGCAGAAGUUAGAAGAGAUGAAAGCAUCAGAGCAGACGGACCUCCCUCCAUGUAUUUUAGAGGAUGAAAGAUUCCAAAAGCUUUUGAAGCAAGCUGAAAAAGAGGCUGAACAGUCAAAGGACAAAAAGAAACAGGGAUUAAAUGCAGAAAAAUUGAUGAGGAAAGCUUCAAAAGACGUGUGCUGGCUACGAGAGCAAAGCCAGAAAGUGCCACUACAGGUGCAGUCUUUCAGGGAGAAGAUGGCAUACUUCACAAGAGCGAAAAUAAGCAUACCAGCUCUACCAGCUGACGAUGUCUAGCAAUAUUUUGCAUCACAAGGUGUUUUUCAUUUUUUUUAAGUGAAUGCUUUUAUAUUAUUGUUCUACAAUCUUUUAAAGACAUCUUUUUGAAUUCAAUGUAGAUAUUGUGUAUAAAAUAUAAUACAUUAUGCUCUAAUGUAACAUUUCAGACGUGUAAACUGUUCCCUCUGUCUUUUCUCUAGAAAUGUAAAGCAAAAUGUGUUUGAUACACCAAUGAGGCUAAUUUUGUACAGUUUGUAUAUGUAAGAACAAAGGAAAUCUUAUUAUGUAUAUCCCAUUGAAUUGCACUGCUGCUCUACAUCAUGCAAUAUGUUCAAUAUGUUUCAUUUCCCCUGCUUAUUUUUUUUCACAAGGACAACUGAAAACGGCUGUUGAGCCAUCUAAUCGGUUUUGAAUAAAGAGAGGUGAUACUACUAGUACUACUAGUAGUAGUUGUAGUUGUAGUAGUAGUAUGUACAUAGCUUUCAGGAAAUGUGAGUCCUCUUCCAUGCCAGCAGGUCUGUCUAGUGCAAGGGUCCUCAACCCCUGGUCCGUGGACCAGCACCGGGCCACAACAUGCCAGCAACCGGGCCGCACAAACAAGCAAAGCCCCAUCCACUACAUGCAGGUAGCACACGCCCUCUCUAGUCUGCGGAAAAAUCUUUCUCCACAGAACCGGUCCCUGGUGCCCAAAAGGUUGGGGCCUCUGGUCUAGUGCAUACAGGUGCUUUUUAGAUUUCUGCUGUUUACAUUGGAACUUUCAACUCUGACAAAAAAAACCUUUUCCGUUUUUUACCUUUUUUUUUGAAUGAAGGAAGAGGCCUAGAAUACUCAGCUGGAAAAAUAUCCUUUUUGAAUGUAUUGAAUUUGGGGUCGUAUUUCAAGUCUCACUGUAUAACCCUCCAUGUGUUAAAAUUGAUGAUAUCCAAAUGACAGCUGUUUUGGGAAAAAUGGAUCCAAAUUCACUUGCAAAAUAUUUUAAACCUAAAUACUCAAAGAAUGAAAAUUAAAAUUAAUAUGUAAAUAUAUCCAUUAAGAGCUUAUUAAAAUAGUUACUUUCGUGGAGCCCAAACAGAUCCAUUUUCACAAGAAUUGUUCUUAAGAAAUGCAUUUAUCUAAGGCAGUACUUCUGAACCUUGUCAACUUUGAAAUGUGUGGAGUUCAACUCCCAGAAUGCUGGGGAAAUCUUGGAAAUGAAUCCCAAACAUCUUAAAAUCGACAAAGUUGAGAAACACUGAUCUAAGCAUCCAUUGUAUAUUAUUGUCAUAAAGAUUUCUUCUAAGAAACCCAGAUAAUGAGCACUUAAAUAAUAUUAGUUGGGUUAAGAUUAAAUGGACCAUGUAAAUUGGUUCCUAAAUUAAUUAUGGCACAAUAAGAAUUAAACUUGAUCAAUAACAUUAGUUUGUUUAAACAGCAACAGGUUUAGAUACAAGAUGAUUUUUUUAAAAUCAGGUUAUUCUCCAAAAUCAGCUUCUGGCUAGAAGUUUACAAUAGGCAGUAAGCAAAGGUGCUUCACAAGCACAUGUGGGCAAAUCUGAAAUCCCAUCCCACCCCUACCCCUUUCUCAACUCGCUGCACAUCUUCCAGAAGGCUCAAGUUGGAAUUUGAGGAACUUUAGUAGCUGACCUUGGGUUAUUGUGCAUGUAUAAAUAAACAUGUGCAGAGUCUGUGAACAUAUUUAAAGUCUAGAAAACCAAUGCCAAAACUUUGGAAGGAUCUCUUCAACGAAGUUUGCUUUAUUCAGCCCAUCAAGGGGUUUUGCAUAGCCAUAGUACAAGUUUUCUUGGCAUCCUCACGUCCCUUGGUAAUUCGCAUCUGAUAACCACCAAAUUAGUUUUGAUGUCAUCAUCAUGGAACACACAGUGUUGUUUCAGCUGUGAUGUCACAGUUUUGUAGACCAGACUAAAGCAAGGGAUCUAAUUGCUAAGAAGGGAUUGAAGAGCUAGUAGUGAUAAGUGUCUUUUACUAAAUUAAAUCUGCAUGCCAUACUCCCCAUUGAUUAAAGCAGAACUUCUCAGUUUGUAAGGUUAUUUAAACAAUGUAACUAUUGCUUCUGCCCUGUGGUAUGAUAAUGAGAGCAUAACAGUUAUUUAGGCAAUUUUAAAGCCAUUUGAUGAAAGUGACACACAGUUCUAUAUGUGAUACAUAUUCACAUACACACAAAAAUAGCCACCAAGGAAACAAAAAACUUCUAUUAAUUGCAUACUUGUUCAUUUUGCAAUACAAUUGUAUAUCGACAUGCUGUGUUUUAUUUUUCAAGGAUAUAAUAGUAUUAUUGAAAAAAUAGGCGAACAUUUACAGUAUGUUCAUUGCCAUUCUUAGAAUUACAGAAGGAAAUAAAUUAUUGUGUCUUAAUUUAUUUUUGUACUGUAAAUCUCCCAAAGGGUCCUAUUAUUAUGCACAACAAUGUGUAAUUAUUCAGAUCUUUUCAACAUUACUUGUAACUUGGAGGCAGGAAACUAAUUGUGCUUAAUAUUUUCUGGGUUCCUCUUUUUUUUAACCCAUCCUUUAGAAGUGAACUUAAUAUGUACAUGCCAUUUACUCUGUCAAGGUCAAUGUCUAAAAGCAGAAGUCGCAAAGUUAUUUAAUAUAGAAAUGAAAGCUGAUAGUUUCAGCUUCUCAGUUUGACAUUACAGUAUAAUAAUGUUUUAGAAUGAUGUAUAGAGUUGUAUCUUGUGAUUUAUUUAUUUUCAGUCUUAUUUAUGUACAGUACAGUUUAAUAUAGUUCAGUUCUGCACAUUUAAAUUUGCAGGUUAAAGAAAGCUACUGUGCAAAUUGUUUUAGGGACACAUACAAAUAUACCUCCCUCUUUCUUUUCUAAAUGUAUGCCACAAUGUUCAGACCAAUGUUUAGAGAGAAACAAAAAGAAUAAUAUAUUGGCAAGACAAAUUUUGUUAGCUGUUUAUAAAAAGGUUCUUCUAUGCAUGCCUUCUUUCACAUGCUAAAAUUGCAGCAAUCUCAACUAAUACUUAAGAAAACAUUUUGAAGUUCUGGAAAUCUUACACAAAGUUUGUUUAGAGUUUGAAACAAUUUUGAAAACCAUGAUCAUGGACAAAUAUCAGUCAAGUCUCAUGCUACACUAAUAUCAUUUUUAUCAUAAAAGUUACCUAUCAGAGAAUAGAACAAAUGUAAUCAUAUCUUGAUUAUCAUUACUUUAGUACAAUCCUAUAUAUCAUAUUACAAGUAUUACAAGUAUUAUACAAUAUUGUUUAGCCAAAUGAACAAAGUGUUAGCAAAUCUUUUAUUGGAUUAAAAUAAACUUCAAUUUUUAUACAGUCAUGUUAUAUUUAAGUAUUAAGUGCUUAGAACUGAACUAAAUAUUUAAUCAGGUUAUAUCACAAAUGUCUUCUAUCCUAAUAUUGUCUGUAUGUGUACACAUCACCUAGAUUAACCUUUGUCUCUGCACUUUUCAAUUGUUUCAAUGAUUUGGAAAAAAAUAGUUUUUUAACAGUAUUUUUUGCAUGUUUCUAUUCUUUACAAAUACCAGUUAAAUCAAGUUUAUGUGAUUCGUGCAAAUGUUCACAUAAAAAAUUCACCAAUAAGACCAUGUCAUAAUGGUGGUCCAUUAAUCAGUAUUGUAGAUGGGUGGUUUAUUUAGUAACAAUGAUUAUGUAAGCUGUACUUAUAAGGUCUUACAAAAACCAUAAUCCAUAACAGUGUAUGAUUUUUUUUUCUGAUAGCAUUUUAUACACUAAGAUAUGAUAUAAAACUGACUGGAUCUGAAACUCAGAAAUGAGAGCAAGUCCGUGCUCUGUUUUCAUCCCUAUUUCCAGAAUGGGAAAUAGAUAUUGCAAUACAGAAAAGUUAUUUUUAAAAAUACAUUUUAUGACACUGGAAAUUUGGACACUUCCAAUAUUAACAGAUAUGUAACAGGUAAUAAUAUCUGAUUAUAUAAUACAUUGAAACGUGUUUAUUUAACUAAUAAUACAAAUCAAACUAUAUAAAUAUAGAUUAUGCUAAACAGAAAUAGAUAUAAUUUUCAUCCUAAAUUUAAUUUAUAUAUACUUGGCAGAUUUUUUUAGUUUGAUUUAGCUAUUGUCAAAAAGACUAACUCUUCUGUGUAUUUCUUCUGUGGCCUAACAAAAAGAAUUAUGAUCAAUUCUGCGCAGAGAAGUAGAAAUCCACUGGUAACCAAUGAAUAGUGUAUUCUCAUAUUCCCAUCUGACAGCAAUCUUUUGAGUAGCCUCCUAUCAAAUUUCAACACUGGGCAUACUUCAGAGCAACAGAGCACAUCAAUGUUUAUACAACUAGCACUUUUUGUAGCUUUUAUUCUUGAUGUUCUGACACCAGACAACUGUCCAUUUGUGAAGAGUGUUAAAAUUCUGUAAACCUUGACUUCUUUAGGCAAAGCUAAAAGAAAAAAAAAUACAUUUUACAUUAUGUCCUUUGUUUCCUUUUUGCACUACCUAUGUGGCUUUUCAGAGCACGUUCCUUCAUUUCAUAAAAAAUAAGGCUAUUCCAGCCUUGAAAGCUACUUAAUAGGUUUAACAAUAUUUCCCUAUAAAAUACCAUUAACUUUUCCAUUAAGCAAUAUAAUCAGAAGUAUGCAAGUUUUAGCAUUUGUGAAUAUACUGAUAGAUUUUGAGUUGGGGAUUAGUGAAGAAGUGUUGUGUUAUUACUAUCAGUAAAUAAGUGCUGUAAAUGUCACAUUAUUUGUUCUUUCCAAUGAUAUUUUAAUAGAGAAAAAUGACAAAUCAUGAUUUCAAAAGUAUUAGACUCAUAAGAUCCAUUCUAUACUGAAAAUACAGUUCAAAUACUAAUAUUUUAUUUCUUUUUAGGAAACAAUAGUCAAUCCCUUUACUUGGAUAGAUUUAACUGCAUAAUUGAAUUCAUAUUCAUUCAGAAGCAAAUCCACAGAGUUCAAUAAUGUUUUCCUCCAGAUAAGUACAAAUAUAAUUAACCUAACACUCUUAAGUUUGCAAAUUCAAUUAUGUAACUUGGAACUGCUUAAUAAAAGACAUUACACAUUAUAAAUGGAUGGCACACAAGCAAUCCAAUUUUUUAAAGAUGUAAACAAAAAAAUGCUGUCAUCACACACUAAAAUUAAUAAAGUUUUUCUCAGACUUUAGAAAGUAUAUUGGGAUCAUAUAUACUUAACACUUAAAUAUCAACGCAUAGCAUAACAGAACUGAUUCUGUACAAUACCAGUAUUUCACAUCUAAUUAAAAUAUUUUGUUAGCUACUCCCUUGUAUCUUAAAAAUGGGCAACAGCAUACAAAUGGGAGGGGGAGAAACCUUGGUGUUUUCCAUGCUUUAAAAUGAAUCCUAGUCUGUAGAUACAACUGAGAUGUACUAACCAGUAUUGUUAUUUGAAGGUUUAUUUAAAGGUUUUGCUGCAUAUUUGAAUUUGUAGCAGAAAGUUUAAAUGAGAAUAGUCUUUGAAUUUUAAGACAGUAGAAAAACAAAAACAACCAGUUCUGAAAAUCAAGUACCAAACUUAGCAGUGUAUGAUUGUGUUAUAUGAGAAUUCAUAUUUCCUUAUGUCUAAUUUGAGCUUUGGAUAUUUUUUUACAGUACAUUUUAAGUCGAAGUAGACAAAAAUAUAUGAUGAAGUUUUCUAUGUCAUUUUAAUCUACUCUUGUUGUGAAGCCAGCAUUUCCAGCUUUGUAAUAAGAAGGAUAACACAGUUCUUGAAAUAAAAAAAUCAGGAAAAAUA